GGAAUGGUUAUGAGAAUCAUAACUAUGGAUCUGACUGUUGUGGUUACUCAUUUUUUCGUUCGUCAUUGGCAUCGCAUGGCUUCAUCGUCAGCGCUCACUGCUGAAGACUCUCGAACCAAAACGAGGCAUUACCGCAGAGUCUUGCCAGGAUUGUCAUUUAUCAGUACGACUUAUGAAUUUCAACGACAAACUCUAUUCAAAACAAGGAAUCCACAGCCUAACAAAAGGGCACACUGAAUAUGUCGAGGUACUUAACGCCUUUGAAGGAAUCUACACUGGACAGCUUCGAAGCAAUGCUGGCACGAUAAGAAUGAGUAUGUGCUCAGAGUCAAAGGCUAGGAUUGAACUUUCACCGCCCUUCGUGGGUUGUUGCGGUGCAAAACUAGCCACUAAAGCUUUCUCCAUUGGUUACUCUCAGAUGUGUCUCCUAUCCUCCAAAUCGCCUUCGAUACAAUCCCUUACGAAAAGCAGAAGAAGUGAACAAUCUCAUAUGAGAAAGCGUGGUUUACGCUCAAUACGAGUAGCAAAGAAAGAAAUGUGUAUCUCAAACCCAAAUCGUUUGGUAGCAUCUCGCAAACGUUCUGAAUCUUCAAUGGCAAUUUGA